AACAGUUUAGUUUUAUAGGUUACAAAAAUGAUCCUUCCGUUACUUAGUGCCAUUAUUAUAAUUACUUUAUAUUUACUUAAGGAUUGGAUACGACGCAUCAUAUUAGCAAAUAAGUUACCUGGGCCAAAAGGACAAGUUUUCGUGUCAAAAUUCCAAAAUGAUCCUACAUUAUUUUUUAAUAAUAUUAGAAAAUGGAGCAAAAUGUACGGACCUAUAUACCGCUUAAGGUUCUCAUAUAUUUAUUUCACUGUUAACAUAUCCGGACCAGAACAACUAGAACAAAUUUUGCUUCAAACAAAGAAUAAUAAAAAGGGCCAAACGUAUAAGUUUGUGACAAGAUGGCUAGGAGAAGGACUUUUAACAAGCAGCGGUACUAAAUGGCAAAAGCAUCGAAAAAUUUUAACACCGUCUUUUCACUUUAAGAUGUUGGAAGAAUUUUUAAGAACAUUUCACGCAGAAACGGAAAAACUUGUUAAUUUACUACAAAAAGAAACUGAACAACCCUGGACCGAUAUCCUUCCGAUCAUAUCUAAAAUGGCUCUUCUUUCUAUCACAGAUACGGCAAUGGGAAUAUCAUUAAACGAAGAAGAAAGCGACGCAGAUCAGAAAUAUAUAGCCACCAUGUCCCAGCUCCGAGACGUUCUGUUCGAAAGAUUUACAAGACCAUGGUUGUACCGCAAUUUUAUCUAUUACACAUUUACUUCUUUGGGCCAUUUAGAGAAAAAGCUUAUAUCUGACCUACAAAGCUUCACUGAUAACAUAAUUAAAGAGAGAAAGAAAACCUUCAAGUGGUUUGAAUUCGAUGAUGACACCAGUUGGAUAUCGAACGGUUCCCGUAAAUCGAAGUUUGUAUUUCUGGAUAUUCUUUUGAAUGCAUUUAUGUAUAAGCAGAGUAUUGAUGACCAAGGAAUUCGUGAUGAAGUUAAUACGUUUACUUUUGAGGGACAUGACACUACAUCCGUUGGGAUGUGCCUGACUUUGAUGCUGUUAGCAAAUCAUGGAGAUUAUCAGAACAAAAUUUACCAAGAAAUAAUAGAAGUAAUUGGUGAUAAUUCAGAACCAAACAUAAACCUAAUAAACAAACUAAAACUAAUGGACCGAUUUAUCAAAGAAUGCCUUCGAUUGUACCCAGUUUUACCAUUUAUUUCGAGAAAAUUAGAAGAGGAUGUAACAAUAGAUGGUUAUCUUUUGCCGAAAGGGAUUCUGAUAAAUAUUCACCUUUUUGACGUUCAUAGAAACGAGAAAUAUUGGCCCGAUCCAGAAAAAUUUGAUCCAGAUAGAUUUUUGCCAGAAAAUUGCGCCAACAGGCAUCCCCUUGCGUAUAUUCCCUUUAGUGCAGGCAGUAGAAAUUGUAUAGGACAAAAAUAUGCUAUGCUAGAAAUAAAAGCUGUUUUAUGUGGCAUUCUGAAGUCUUAUAUACUGGAGCCAGUUGAUAGACCAGAAACUAUCCAAUUUAUUCCUGAUCUUUUAUUAAGACCACACGACAAGAUGUUGAGAGUCAAGUUUGUUAAUAGACAUGUCAACAACUAAUUGUGGAAUUUUAUAAGGAAGAGUGUAUGUGCAUCGAUGAUUAUUAAACUUUUUAUGGAUUGUUUUUUUUCUUAUUAAAAUAGAUUUUUAUAACA